AUGCCUCGAAAGGCCACCGCCAACUCAGCUGCUCCCAGCGAGCUCCAAGGCCGCCUUUCCCUUUCCAUCAUCAAGCAUCUCAAGGCCAAGCCGGACAGCGACUGGGAAGCCGUAGCCCAGGAUAUGGGACUCAAGGAUGGCGGCAUUGCCAAGCAACGAUUUAGCCAGGAGAUGAGGAAGCUCGGCGCAGCUCCCAAGGCCCAGGCAAGCAAGGCCGUCAAGUCUGGAGGUGUGCGCAAGCCGGCCAACCGUCGCCCGAAGGUAUCGACCCAGUCAUCCGUCGAUGAUGCCGAUGAUGCCGAUGAGGACUUCGUCGACAUCAAGGAUUUGGUCGAGAUCAAGGAGGAGAAGUCUGACUUUGACACUAAGCCUUAUUCCUUUGAACGAGACAUCGAGAAAAACCCCGCAGCUAUGGAGGACUCUGAGGAGAUCUAA